CGACAACUUCCGCAUACAUCGUUGGGCUGGUAAACAAAUGUCAAAUAUGUUCAGUGACAAAAUAAUAGAGGCAGUGUCUUUUAAAUCUUCGUGGAAGAAAGAGAGAUCUCUAGCCGACAGCGGUGCACAGACAGAUGACUUGGAAACAUUUGAGAGAGCUUCACAGUCUGUGAAGAGGAAAGAUAAAGAAGUACAGACUGAAGAUGACGGUAGCCACAAAACAAGGCUGGCACAGGACACUGUUGGUCGACUGGGGGAGUUUUUAUCCAAGAUAGAGCCAGUCAUUUUACGAGAACUAGACAAAGCUCUAACAAGUCACGCAUUUGAUGACUUUAAUAUUGGAUGGGAUAAUGAGGAAGCCUCAGUCACAUGUGUCCAUAAACUUACCAAUCCAGACCUAAAUGAGCAGUUACAUAUCACAGGGAUAACCUGGAAUUCUACAGGGGCGGUUAUAGCAGCAGCAUACGGUCGCUAUGACCACGAGGACUGGUGUACACAUAAGUCAGCAUUGUGUACUUGGAAUCUGGAGCGCAGGAACAUCAACGAGAAUAAGCCUGAUACAGUCAUUGACCUGUCAACAUGUCUUACCUGUGUAGCUUUUCACCCAAAGAACCCUGCCAUCAUCGCGGGUGGCACAUAUGACGGGGAGGUAAUGAUGUGGGACUUGAGUCGAGAAGACGAUAUGUUGGUGACAAGCUCGGGUAUAGGUGACGACGCCCACAGGGAGCCUGUAACCCGUGUUCACUGGAUACCCGACAACACCACCUCAAAGAGGGACCGGUAUCUGCUUGUCAGUACAAGUGGGGAUGGCAAGAUCCUGGUAUGGAAACAUGACAGAAAGAAGGAUGCCAUUAAAUUGUCAAAUGGGUUUAUACUGAUGGCCCAGAACCUACCCAAGGCACUGAGGAAGUCACGAGGGAUACGAGGAGACAAGGAAGUGGGCGUGACUUGUCUCUCCUACAACUGUGAGGACCGUGAUGCCUUCCUCAUCGGAUCAGAACCAGGAGCAGUGUUCAGGUGCUCCAUGCAGACACAUGGGGAACCAGCCGGAAGUCAGGUCAUCUCAUCUGUACCUCUCCACUCACCUGUAACCUUUACAUACAACCCGCACUACGCCCCAGUGUACUCGGUAGAGUUCUCUCCCUUCCACAGAAAUGCAUUCCUUAGUUCAUCAAUGGACCAAACCAUCAGACUGUAUAGUAUGUUACAGAAACAACCAGUACUGACCAUAGAGCCAGGGGAGGGCUUUAUAUCAUCUACGAAGUGGUCACCUAUCCGUCCAUCUCUCAUUGCCGCAACAACAGAGUCUGGUCACCUACUCCUGUAUGACUUGAGAAGUGAACAACCUGUACCUAUACAAAAACUGGAGGCCAGCAUCAACAAAACAGCAGUGCAUACCUGUCAGUUCAACCCUAAUCAGUUUGAGUUACUGGCGACCGGAGAUGGGGCCGGCUUUGUCCAUGUGUUCAGGCUCAGCCAGGAUCUCAAAUCAACCAACCCUAAAGACAUUGAGGCUAUCAAUGUAUUAGUGGACAUCGAGUCAUAACGGCACUUCAAGCUUAGCUUCCUCUCAACCACAUGCUGAAUUAACAGGGACAAAUAUGUUUUCAAAAUACUAAUGAAGAACACAGAAGCUUUCUCACAAUUUCAGAAUGGAGAAAUCAUGUACCGAUUACAUGCUUUACAUGAAUUUUAAGGAACAGUUUUUUCAUAUUGAUGAUGCCAUUACAUCAUCCUACCAGAUUAAACAGAUUGCAAUUCUAGGACCAAAUGAUAUCUGAAAUCAUGGAUCUACUUUUAUUAUGCAUAUCUUUCAACAAGUUUGGCUAUUUCAAUCUUUUUGUGACGAUAUCCACAUCAAUAUUUGUUUAGAUAAGUCUUAAGUAUAAAUACCAGAUUAUUUAAAGUUGGCAGCUGCUCUACACACGAAACAAAGACCUGGUCAGGUUGUUUGAUGAAGAUAUGUGGUGAUGAAAAAAUCUUGGAAAUUUAUUACAAAUAUGAAGUUGAAUUCCGUCCAAGCUAAUACAGGGACCAGACCCUGACAUUAUCUGUGAUACAUGUAGCACAUAUGAUUAUUUCUCAAAAUAAAGCUAGUUGUAAU